AAAGAAAGGCAUUACUUUUUUAACAUUACCAAUAUCUUGAAAGUGGAUGCCAAUGGUGCAAUUAGAAACUUGACGGUAAUAAAUGGCCAAUAUCCAGGUCCUUUGUUAGAGGCAAACUCUGGUGAUACAAUUUUCUUGCACGUUUUCAACCAGAUGGAAGAUGAACCAGUCAGCUUCCACUUGCAUGGCUUGUUCUAUCCUAACAAUACAUUUGAUGAUGGAGCAUCAUCAAUCAACGUGUGUCCUAUUCCACCUUCAGGAAACUACACGUAUAGAAUUCCAGUUGGCGAAAAUGAAUACGGAACAUACUGGUAUCAUUCACAUUGGAGCACUCAGUAUGCAGAUGGUGUUUAUGGACCUGUUAUCCUUCAUUCUCCAAAAGAAGAUGCCAAUCUUACUUCUUAUGAUGCUGACCGCAUAUACGUUGUCAAUGACUAUUAUUAUGAGAAUGCUGAUACAUUAUUGGAUGAUUACUUAGUACCGGAUAAUGAGAACAGUGAACCAAAUCCUGAUGCGGGCUUGAUUUCGGGAACGUAUUCUCAAGCUUCAAACUAUCUAACACUAGCAGACAAUGGAACCGCAUACAAGACUGCUACUUAUUAUGACCCAAAAUUGACUUACAGAAUCAGAGUUGCAAAUGUUGGUUUUUUCUUACCUUUUGAAUUCUCGAUCGAUGAGCAUACCUUGUCCCUUGUUGAAGUUGAAGGUACAUUGAUUGAACCUUUUGAAACCUCAUAUGUAGAUGUCUCUGUGGGUGAAAGAUAUUCUUUUUUUGUCAAAAGAACUGUGGAACGUGACGCUUAUUGGAUUCAUGCAAGAUUCAAUACCUUCUGUCAAGCUUCGAAUAAUCCAGAUUUCUCAAGCGACGUAAUGGCAAUUGUAUCCUAUAAUGAUACCUAUUCCGUCCCAGAGAGCAAAGAAACUUGGAGUUAUAAUGGUGGAACCCCGAAAUGCUUGGACUUUCCUCAAUCAGAAUUACGAACAUUAAAUGCACAAGUUCCAAUGAAUAAGAACGGUUCAAACAGACCUGAUUUGUAUGUGGAGUUAGAUGUUACAUUCUUCAAUGGGGCAUACCAGAUGACAUAUGGCUAUUUCAACGAAUAUACUUGGAAGCCGAUGUCAAAUUCUUCUACGAUGCACGAGCUUUUAUUUAAUGAAAACUUUCAAAACGAUGCGCACAAGUCUAACCAACAAACAUUUACAAAUAACCAGUAUGUCUUGAACUUUGAUACGCGUGGUAUGAUAGUAGACUUGUUGAUUAACAAUUUUGAUGACGGUUCACAUCCCUUCCACUUACAUGGAUAUAAGUUUUGGGUUCUAGCAAGCUCAGAAUCUGGCUCAUUCUAUCCAAGUUUUUACGAGGAUCAUCCAGAACGUUUGGACUUGACCAAUCCAAUACUUAGAGAUACAGUUAGCGUGGCGCCUUUUGGGUUUGCCGUCCUUAGAGUGGUUAUUGACAAUCCAGGAAUAUUUCCAUUCCAUUGCCACAUUGGAUGGCAUAUUGAAGCUGGCUUGUUGUUGACAGUCAACGCUUUGCAGAGUGAAUGGUCACAUCAAAAUUACUCGAAGGAAUGGGCCAAUAUGUGC